GUUGAGUAGUCGGCUCUCCCCUCCAGCCUGAACCCACAAUGAGCACAGCGAACCCAGACAGCACGACCACUACCAAAGGCAAGCGGACGAACUCCUUAGCCUUCGCGCAGACUGACUGCCACACGUGCGCCUCGUCCGGCGAACACUGUGACCGUCGUCGCCCGAAGUGCUCGACGUGCCUUCGCCAGGGACGGCGGUGCGAUGGCUUUGUGACACCGCUGUCCUGGGAUCCGCGGAGGAUGAAGACGGACGACAGUGCUGUCCACCCUCUCCCCGCAGACCCGUCCAUCAUGAGCAACAGUACCCCACCCCAGCGCUUCCAGUUCGUGACUGGGGCGCGGGUGCGGAAGCGUCGCCGGACAGGGCCCGCUACGGCGAGAGCACGGCCAGCCAGACGGAGUGCAACGCCUGAGGCUUUGCCGAGAGAGGCAGGCGAGCAGACCGCCGGCGGGCUCUCGUUACAGCCCGAUCUAAUGGGAACUACUUUGAUCGACCCUGAUCUUACACUGUCCGGCUUUGGGACCCUCGGCGAACUAUGUCUGGACGAUUUCAGCAUCUUCGAAUCCUUGAUGCCGGAUAUCUUCGGGUCGACCCCACCACUCCAUGCCCCGACUGAUAGCAUUGGCGUCGAGGACCCAUUCAUGACAGAGGCAUCAGACACGACAGCCUCCGCGGUACUGCCCCGCACACCUCCGGCCCUCCUCACUGGAGACGACUCCGUCCACCCCGUUGAUCCCCUCCCGCAAGACGAGGCACACAAUGACGCCCUGAUGUCAUCUGCGGAGGCAUUCCCACCGGAUGACUCGAAAUUCUGCAUUCUGCCACUGACAGGAGAUACCACCCUGAACCCCUUCCGGUGCAAGCGCCAAACCUCGCAGGGCUCGCGUCUGCUCUUCCAUUCGAUCCUGGCACUAUGCUGCCAGCACCUGAAGCGGUUGACGGGCAGCAGCUGGUCGAGCGAAGCGGCCGAACAUCGCCGGAAGGCCGCCCAGUUGCUCGAUGCGGCGUUGCAGCAGGGACGCCAGCACGCAGGAGGCGUCAGUAAUCUACAUCUGCUGGAGCCGAUUCUGAUUCUGUUUACCUUGGAUUGCACCCUCUCCGCGUCCGGAACAUGGGCCACGCACCUCCAUCGCGCCCACUCAAUGCUCGAGGCCGCCGGCGGCCCUGGCGCGCUCAUCAGCCCGCGGAUCCGAUCGCAGGUCGGAAUGUUGAUCUGGUGGGACGUGACCCUCGCCCUAAUCUCGCGGCAACGCCCGAUCAUGCGCCAAGCGUAUGUGGACCACCUCAUCCGGUGGGAAAAGCAAGACGCGUGGUCGUUCUUCGACCUCACAGGGUGUCCAGGCUACCUGAUCGCGCGGCUGUACCACCUGGCCGAGCUGGCGCAGCAGAGCGAGAUCGCCGCGUCGAUGAAGUGGCUCAGCUUCGAUCGGACGCCGGUGCUUGCGAUGGAGCGGGAGAUACGGGAGUGGACGAACGAGCACGACCCCUCCUCAGGUUCCGCGGACGACGAGGCAAGAAGUCCCGAGGAGGCGGAAAGCCCCGCUGACGAUGUCGACGGGGAGCAGGAGUUCAACCGGCGGCAGGAUGCCUUCCACUGUGCCGAGGCGUGGCGCUGGACCUUGCUUCUGUACAUCGAGUCGGUGUUCCGGCGGGAUCGGACGAAGAUUACGCAGAUGCACAGGCAGCAAGGCCGCGCGGGGCUGCGUCGAUUGGUCCGCAAGAUCGUCGACCACACGCGGUGUUGUCGAAGGUCGUCACAGACGCAGAAACAGUUGCUGCUUCCGGUGUUUCUGGCCGGGAGUGAGACGUUGGAUCCCGAUCUGCGGGAGUUCGUGACGGAUUAUUGUGCAUAUUGGAGCGAGAAAAGCCAGUAUAGCAUGUUCGAUAGUGUGCCGGUGCUGUUGAAGGAGAUCUGGGCGUCUGGGACGUGGUGGGGGGCGGUUGUGGAUGGUAAGACGAAAGGUGGGCUGGAGGAGGCGCGACAGGGGCAACCAGGGGUUACGCCUACGCAAUUCUUAUUUGGGUAG